AUGGCUGGAUUGUGGCAGCAGCUUUUCUCCCCGCGGCAGGGCCAGGCUCUGGCUCUUCUCCACCUCAUCGGCCUGCUCUACCCACCCUCGGGUGCUCUUCCCUGGGAUACCAAAGCCAGCCCACCCCUUCUGGAGGGCUUUCGGGUGGUGAAGGGGAAUUUCUCCAGGACUUUCCUGCACGUUGGCUACCAUAAGAUCGCAGAGAUUCCCACAGGAGCACGCAACAUCAGCAUAAGGGAGACAGUGAAGAGCCGAAACUACCUGGCUCUGCGAACCCAAAGCGGCCUCUCCGUCGUCAACGGCAACUGGGUGAUUGACAGGCAGGGGAGCUUCACCGCCUUGGGGACACAGCUGACGUACCAACGACCCAACGAAAUCCGCUCUCGCAAAGGAGAGUCCAUCACUGUAGCCGGGCCGCUGACCGAGAGCCUGCAUGUUUAUCUGAUCUACCAGCAACCAGGUCCCAGUGUAUACUAUGAGUACAUUGUGCCUUUAAAGAACACCCCCCCCUUGACAUUAGGCCCAUCCCACUCAGGUGAGAAGGACCAGUCAGGUGAGAAGGACCACCAAGGUGAGGAGGGCCACCAAGGUGAGAAGAACCACCAAGGUGAGGAGGACCACUCAGGUGAGGAGCGCCACCAAGGUGAGAAGGAUCACCAAGUUGAGAAGGAUCACCAAGUCGAGAAGGACCCCUCAGGUGAGAAGGACCACCAAGGUAAGAAGGGCCACCAAGAAGAGAAGAACCACCAAGGUGAGAAGGACCACCAAGGUGAUGUCACCAACAAUGACAUCAUCAAAGAGACACCCCACCCUAACCAGGUUCCCUCUGACCUCAGCGUGAGCUCUGACCCCGGGCCCACCUACACCUGGACAAAGAGUGGGCGCAGUGAGUGCAGCUUGACCUGUGGUGCAGGCAGGCGUCAGUUACUCUGGAGGUGUGUGGAGAAAGACUCUGAGAUGACUGUUCCUGCUGACCUCUGUGACCCCGCCCUUGAGCCAACGAACCAGGAAGAAGAUUGCAACACCCAGGCCUGUCCUGCAUACUGGGACGUGGGGGAGUGGUCGGAGUGCAGCAGGAGGUGCGGACCCGGCACUCAGCACCGCCAGGUCAUCUGCCGCCAGGUCAUCUGCCGCCAGGUCACCCGCGUUUGCACCAACAGGACGGAGACCUCAGUCGCCGUGGCUGAAGAGCUGUGCAGGUCCCCUGACGGGCCGGUGACCACGUCCACGUGUCAGCUGAAGAUCUGCAGCCAGUGGGAGACGCGAUCUGAGUGGAGCCCGUGUUCAGUGCCAUGUGGGGUGGGCCAGCGCAGCAGGGAGGUGGUGUGCGUGAGCAACCAGGGUGACGUGGAGCAAGAUGAGGAGUGCAACAUGAACCUCAAACCAGACGCACUGCAGAACUGUGACAUGGGAGCCUGUGCACGCAGCUGGUUCACUUCCCUCUGGAGCCAAGGGUGCUCUGCGGAGUGUGGUCGGGGCAAUCGAACCCGGACGGCACUGUGCCUGAUGGAUCACGUGACUGAUCUCCCAUUUGACAGCUGCGAAGGGGAACGCCCACCAGAGGCCACAUCGUGCGAGUCAGGUCCCUGCCAGAACCACCUGGAGUGGUACACCGGACCCUGGGGUCAGUGUUCGGCAGAGUGCGGGAACAGCACACAGACCCGGAGUGUGGUUUGCAUUUUCAAUAGCGACGGUCAUGUGGAGGUUGCAGAGCGGGGGAAAUGCUCCAGUCUCUCUCAGCCAAUCACAGCUCAGCCGUGCAGACUGAAGCCAUGCGGUGUCCAGUGGUAUGUCACAGUGUGGAGCGCGUUGGAUACAGUUAAAUCCAGCAGAAGUUGA